AUGAAGUACCUCACCGUUGUCGCUGCAUCUCUUGCAGCUAUCAUUCCUUCUGUCAGCGCCUACCCUAUCAACGGCGACGGCGUCAACUGCCGCUCGGGUCCCGGCACCGACCAUCCUGUGGUCAAGACUUACGCCAGGGGCCACGAGGUCACCCUUGUCUGCCAAGCUGCCGGCACCGACGUCAAGGGCGACUCGCUCUGGGACAAGACCUCGGACGGCUGCUACGUCGCCGAUUACUACGUCAAGACCGGUACAAGCGGCUACGUCACCAAGCACUGCGACGACAGCAGCGGCGGUGGCUCCGGCAGCGGCAGCGGAUCCGGCAAGGCCAUCGUCGACGCGGCCGAGAAGGAGAAGGGCCUGCCCUACGUCUGGGGCGGCGGUGGCUGCAAGGGUCCCUCCGGCGGCGGCUUCGACUGCUCCGGCCUGACCCAGUACGCCGUCUGCCAGGCGCUGAAGAAGACGAUUCCCCGCACGGCGCAGACGCAGUACGACUCGAACAUGGGCAAGCGGCUUCCUCGCUCCGAGGCCAAGGAGGGUGAUCUGCUCUUCUGGGCUACUGGCGGCGACUGCAAGAACAAGGUUUCCCACGUUGGUAUCUUCAUCCGGGACGGAUGGAUGAUCAAUGCUGCGCACACUGGUACUCCUGUCAGGGAACAGGCGAUCUGGACUUCCUAUGGUGGAGAGUCUAUCUGCCCUUAUGUCAUGAGAUUCUGGUAA